UAUACAGCACACACAUCUGUCUGACACACACAGACACAGAGCUGGUUUCUUGCCUGCUGGAAGCGCUUUUGGCCGCCUGCAACCUCUGCCAUGUCGUUGGUGAAGUUCAAGGAACUGGGGGAAGAGGAGUCCAAUUCGGAAGAGGAGAACCUGGACAGCGUCAAGGCCUUGGCAGCGAAGCUGAAGCUACAGACGCGGCGCCCUUCCUACCUGGAGUGGAAGGCCCAUGUGCAAAGUCCCUCCUGGCAGAACAGACAUCGAGAUGGAGCCCUCCGGACCCUACAGGAGAAGCAUGGCGAGGAGGCAACCGGGGAAGACAACCAGGCCCAGGUGCCGCUGAAGACUAUUUGCGGGUUCCCCACUAUUGGUGAUGCCUUUGAGUGGCUCAGGAUGGAGCUGCGGGAGAUGCAGGCCUCGGAUCACAAGCUGGCGCAGCAACUGAUGGCUCUGCGGGCUCAGAUUCACCGGCUGAAGGUGGAGCAGGCCUGCCACCAGCACAAGGAGAUGCUGGAUGAUGCCACCUUCGAACUGGAAGGCUGCGAAGAGGACUCCGACCUGCUGUGUAACAUUCCACCCAAGAUGGCUUUCCUGUUGUCCACGCCCCUCAAGCACAUCGGUGUCACGCGCAUGAACAUCAACUCUCGCCGUUUCUCGCUGUGCUGAUGGGCCUGUCCCAUCCUGUGCUUGCUUUGGCGCCUGUAUGCUUUAGCAAGGACCAUGCAUCUGUAGACUCUUAUUGGCCUGUCGCCAUGGCAGAUAUGCCCCCACAGAGCAAACUGGUGCCUGUUUUUGAUAAUGGGUUGGAGAGGCAGUUUCCGAAGAGGCCAGGGGCAGCCCUGCCUGUAAGUGAUUCUAGGCAGCUGCCUAGGACAGCACUUCAUAAGAUGAGGCACCUCUUCUCCAAGGGGUAACACACACACACACACACACACACACACACACAUGCUUUUAGUGCUCAGAAAAUGGAGUGAAGGAAGGAUGAAGGGGGGCAGAUGAGGACCGCCAAAGAUUCAAAGCUUUAUCACACCAGCCUUAUAGUCUGCUUUUGCCGCAAAAUCAAUUCAAUGGGCUCAGAUGACGUCAACUUUAUAAUCUGCUAUGGGGGCGAAUUGCAUUCAAGGUACUCGCAUGACGGCGACCAUGUCCUGCUGUGAUUGCGGUCCUUCCCAACUCCAAGCAACCUAUUUUGGUGCUCAGAA